AUGAUCCCGGCAAAAUUAUCCGGACAGCAAAAGAAUCGCCGUCAUCUCUUCACUUCCCUCUUCUUGGUGGACUUUCCCUUUCGCCGCUUCCGUCUCUUCCCCAUUUUCACAUUCCAUCCAACCUUCAUCAUGAGGACGUCGACCUUGAUUGCCGCUACUGCCGGCACAAUCGUCACCGGCCUUCUGGCCUACGCCGUCUACUUUGACCACAAGAGACAGACCGACCCAGAGUUCCGCAAAGCUCUCAAGAGGAACAACCGCCGCAUGGCAAGGGCUGUCAAGGAGGAGGCUGAGGCCCAGGGUGCCAUGCAGCGCGAGGUCAUCAAGAAGGUUGUGCAGCAGGCCAAGGACGAGGGUUUCCCCACGGACCUGGAGGAGAAGGAGGCCUACUUCAUGAGCCAGGUUGCUCAGGGAGAGUCUCUUGUUGCCGAAGAACCCAUUGAGGCUGCCCUGUGCUUCUACAAGGCCCUCAAGGUCUACCCCCAGCCUAAGGACCUGAUCUCCAUCUACGACAAGACCGUGCCCAAGGAGGUGCUCGAGAUCCUGGCCGAGAUGGUCGCUCUGGACUCCGGCCUGAAGCUCGGCUCGUUCACCGGCGAGAGCGCCGCCCCGGAGAGCCACGGAGUCGAGUAA